AUGCAUCAACAACAUCCUCAACAGCACUUUCACCCCCAGCAACACCCAGCACCACCACAAUCACAAUCACAACAACAACAACCACAAAACGUUGUUCUUCCACCGAGCGAGACCUUUCGACUCGAAAACGAAGCGCGGCGAAAACAGUUGCAACAAUAUCAAAAACGCGAUGAUGAAUAUCAAAAGGCGUUAAACAAACAGCAUAAACAAUAUGUCGAACUUGCACGGGAGAAAAAGGCAGAUAUUGAUGGGUUCCAGCACGACAAGAUGUUGCGCAUGCAACAUAAUCCUAUGGCUGUGUUUGGCACAGGAUAUCUAAGUCAACAGCAACGUGAUGGUGCUGAUCUCAGGGGGCGUAUCCUCCCGAUGAAGAAGCUGGCAGAACAAGCAUCCAAACAAGAUACUUUGGUCCCUAUUCGACUUGAUUUCGACAUUGAUGGAUAUAAACUACGAGAUACCUUUACUUGGAAUUUGAAUGAGAGUCUGAUCACACCAGAGCAAUUUGCGGUUGUCCUAUGUGAAGAUUUGAACUUGCCGAUUGCCAUGUUCAAGCCCAAUAUUGUUCGUGCUAUUAGUGAUCAAAUUGAAGAUUACGAUUUACAUGUGGCGAGUAUGAAAAGUAUUUCAGAAUUACGAAUGUUGGUCAAGCUUGACAUCACUGUAGGCAACCAGGCACUCAUAGAUCAAUUCGAAUGGGAUAUCAACUGUCGACACAAUUCACCCGAACGGUUUGCCGAGGUACUGGUGAAGGAAUUAGGUCUGGGUGGCGAAUUCAAAACUGCUAUCGCUCAUUCGAUUCGUGAACAAGUCCAUUCAUAUGUUAAAUACCUUUUGCUUACGGGUCAUGAAUUUGAUGGAUCUACAGUAACAGAUGAUGACAUCAAGCGUAGCCUGUUGCCAACUGUAAAAACCAUCAUGCGCGAUCUGAACAUUGCAGAUAGCUUUACCCCAGCCGUCCUCGAACUCACGAAUGCCGAAAUUGAUAAAGUUGAACGAGAUAGGAUGCGAGAGGCUAGACGUAAACGACGCCAAGUACGCAGCCGUAGAGGUCUAAUCUUACCUGACCUGGAACCGAUUAAGACACAUAGGACCAACUCUCAUACACUGCCUCCUCUAUAUGACGGUGCUUCCGAAGACAACGCACGUGGAUCAACACCCGAAGUAUCAAGCCAUUAUUCGACAAGACGGAGUGCGGCUCAGAAGGCUCGCCAAAAUAUCGCUGCCGCAUCAUCAUCAUCACAUCAUCACCAUAUCGAUGAACGAGCAACGACUGCGGCGCCAUCAUCGCUGUCGCAGAUGCAGAACGCUAUAUCACUGAGUACUGGCAACAGGUUCGCGACGAUGGCUGAUCAUGCUACAAAGCCAGUACCUAGUAAGUAA